GGCUCUUGCCAGGAGCGCUUUCACUGCCACAUUUUUAUUUGCGCACAAAGAGGAGACGGGACCACUCAGCCAGCUCCGCCACCCCCGCGAAGAUAAGCCGCCUUACGACACCCCCCUCUAGCCCCCCCCCUCAGGAAUAGCCCCUGCACUCCCCACCCCCAACCUCCCUUGCCCAGGAUCGAAAGGACUCGCUGGAGAUUCGCGAGGAGCCGGAGAAACCGCGAACACGAGCUUCGCUCUUUCUUCUUCUUGGAGAUCUCCGAAGGGGCGGGCAGGGAAGGCGCGGAGAUGAGUUUUGCCAGACGCUGAGAGGGGAGCGCAGCCGCCUGGGGAGUUCCGGGCAAUUUCCGUCCUCCUCCUCCUCCUCCUCCUCCUCCUCCUCCUCCAGCUCUCCCCUUUUUCUCGGUUGCUUUCUUAGGACUUGCCUUCGGACUGCCUGGGCAUUGGGAGAGAGGGGAGCGGGGAAGAGGAAACUUCGUACAGUAUCUGUCUGGUCUUCGCUCUCCUCGGAUACUUCAAACGCCGUCGCGGAAACCGCAGGCGCUUCUGGUCUCGAUUAGACGACGGUCCUUCUCUGCCUUCGCCAGCGCUUUUUUCCAGCUGCUGAGAAAACCCCCUUCCUGGAUUUGCAAGCCCCUGGGGGAGCCUCUGACGGACCCAUCGCUUGUUGCAGCCAGGACGGAGCCCCUUGAUUUACACCCGUCACCCCAGUUACCCCAAAACCUCAAAUCUCUUCCUUUCUCUGUCUCCCCGCGCGCCUUUUCUUCUCCCUUCCUCCCAACCUCUGAGCUCCCCUCCUUUCCAGUCCCCUCUUAAAUAGCAGCCCCCCUCCAGCCAGCCCUUCCCACCAGCAAAGUGACCUACUUGACCUGUUCCCCCCCCCCAUUUAAAAAAGUCAUUGCCUUCAGUUGCCCCCCUUCUUCCAGAGGAGCAAUCUGUUUCCCCAUAUCCUCUGACGUGGCAGAAGAUAGCCCCCAUAUAGAAGAGGGCCCCCCAGCAAACUCCACCCCACCUCAAACCCCACCUCCAGCUCCUGCCACAGGUGAGAAGAGAAACCUGAGGGUUCCCCUACACCUCCCCAAUACACCUCCCCUCGCCCUAAAACACCACCUGCAAGGAUGGGAGCUAUCUGCCCACUGGCACUGGCACUUUGCCUUCUGGUGGGGCUUCUGUGCCCCUUCAACCCUGCCCAGGUGGAGGCGCAGUCGGUGUUGACCGACCAUGAAAUCGAGGAGUUCUUGAAAGGCUUCCUGGGGGAGGUUGAGGAGGAAGACACAGAAGGUCGGGAGGCUGAGAAAGUGGCCUUGGGCGAGGAGCUUCCCGAAAACCAAGGAAGGCUGGACCCUGCAGAAAGGGGCAAAGCCCCCACAGAACUGGAAGAAGGUGAGCGAGAUCAUCUAUUGUGGGAUGGGUGGGUUCCCCAGGGAAGAGCCAUAGCUCAGCAGAAGGACGUGUUCUCUUCCAUUCAGAAGGCCCCAGGCUUGAUCCUGAGCAUCUCAAGUUAAAAGAAUUUCAGGUGGCAGGUGACGGGAAAGAGAUUCUGCUUGAGACCCCAGAAAGCUGCUGGGAGGGGCUGUGUAUCAAUGGUAGAGCAUCUGCUUGCAUGCAGAAAGUGUCAGGUUCAUUCUCCACCAUCUCUAGGUAGGACUGGGAGAGGACCACCCCCCCAGCCUAAAAACGCUGGAGACCUGCUGCCAGUCAGUGUCUUCUUCUUUGGCGAUCACUCGUAGCCGAGUAAGAUUGUCUUCCAUGAACACGGUUUUAACAGUGAGUCCGUAAAGAUGUUGAAGCAUCACUGGUGAUCUUUGCUUCUUCCAGUGUAGAGACCUGAGCAAGAGGGACCAUUGGUCUGACUUGGUAUGAGGCAGCUUUGUAUAGCCAUUACAAUGUGCUUCUAGGAAAUGGUGCAGUAGUUUAAGACUCAGGACUUAACAAUUUGGCAGGGCAUGCUCUCUUUAGAAAGCAAUGUGUCUUACUUCAGUUACAUGUGGUAGGCCAGCUCUGCCUACCUUUUUUGUGUGCCUACUCUGUGUAGGGAUGCGGAUGGCACUGUGGUCUAAACCACAGAGCCUAGGGCUUGCCAAUUGGAAGGUCGGCGGUUCGAAUCCCUGUGACGGGGUGAGCUCCCGUUGCUUGGUCCCAGCCCCUGCCCACCUAGCAGUUUGAAAGCUCAUCAAAGUGCAAGUAGAUAAAUAGGUACCACUCCGGCGGGAAGGUAAACGGCGUUUCCGUGUGCUGCUCUGGUUCUCCAGAAGUGGCUUAGUCAUGCUGGCCACAUGACCCAGAAGCUGUCUGCGGACAAACGCCGGCUCCCUUGGCCUGCAAAGCGAGAUGAGCGCCGCAACCCCAGAGUCGUCUGGACUGGACUUAAUGGUCAGGGGUCUCUUUACCUUUACCUUUACUCUGUGUACAUCAAGUGCUUGGAGGGGGAAAGAGCUCACUUGCUGGGUGAGAAGAGAAAACAUUGGUUUAUCUAGCUCAGUAUUGUCCACACACUGACUGGGAGAGGUUUUCUGGGGUUUCAGAAGGGGAGCAUUUCCAGCCCUACCUGGAGAUGCCAGGAAUUGAACUUGGGACUUUCUGCAUGCAAAGCAGAUGCUCUAAGACUGAGCAUUGGCCCUUCCUUUCUUUUAGGAAUUGUGAUGUGUGGUUCACCCACAGUGAAGCAGACUAGCUUUGUUGGUCUGCCACAGCAGAAACAACAAGGAGUUUUGUGGCAUCUUCAAGGCUUAACAGAAUAAUUUUUAGUAAAUGGUUCCACCAUUAAGAAUCUACUUCAUCAGUGUUAAAUUAUUAUUAUUAUUAUUUCGAAGCGUGUGGUGGGGCAUACUUCUAAGGAUCCCAGACACAAAGCCAAAGUGAACACACAUACCAGUUUGAAAGAAAAUCUGCAGUAUUAAAGCUACCCAUAUUAUCUGUAAGCCUUGAGAUAGAUUUUUAAAUAUUUGGAAAAUAGCACUGCAGUGGGAGGAAGGCCCAAGAUUUUCCCCCACUAUUCAUUAUUGUUAUUGCCUGCUAUUUGUGCAAAGGCUUUUGACCAAGGAUGUGUGCAUGUGUUUAUCAGUUCCUCAACACUCAGGAUAACUUAACCGUUUUAAUAAUGAUUCCCAGCAGGGGGCAGAAAGGUCCACGUGUAUAACCUCAUAGGUCUGUCAUUUUUUUAUCUAGGAUUGUGCAGUAUUCUGGAUUUAAUGAAGGAGAGGGGAUGGGGUAAGCUGAGAAAGGUACACUUGUUUUCUGGCCUGUGCCUGUUUUUUUUAAAAAUAUUUAGUAAAAUAUUAUCAUUAAUUUCCUUCCUGGAAAUUCAAAAAAGCAGCAAGCAUAGGUUUAGCAGGCAAUAUCGCACCCAGACAAUAACCAGAGUUAGAUCAACUUAGUUUUAGAAAGUUGCUAUAUCAUGUGCCCUGUGAUUCUAUGAGAGGAAAUAGUAUGGGUUGUUUUAAAGGUAAAGGGACCCCUGACCAUUAGGUCCAGUCGUGACUGACUCUGGGGUUGCAGCGCUCAUCUCGCUUUAUUGGCCGAGGGAGCCGGCGUACAGCUUCCGGGUCAUGUGGCCAGCAUGACUAAGCCACUUCUGGCGAACCAGAGCAGCGCACAGAAACGCUGUUUACCUUCCCGCCGGAGUGGUACCUAUUUAUCUGCUUGCACUUUGACGUGCUUUCGAACUGCUAGGUUGGCAGGAAUGGGUUGUUUUAGUGAGGAAUAAAUAUGCAAGAAUUGCCCCCAAGCAGCAAAGAUGAACUGCAUCCCAAAGCAGCUUUCCUGUACGUAGCUGAUGUUUGCCAGGUGCAGAUUUGCACCUGCACUGCAUGGUUUAUCUGAUCCUUACUGAAAGCGCUUCCUGUGUUCUUUGGCGCCAGCGGUUGCUCAUGCUUUGUUGUGCGCAGCCAGAGCGGGAGCAGAGCCCCCAGGUCGGCAGAAGGAUGAAAGAAUUUAAAUUCAAGUCAGCUAAUCCCCAAACAUUAUGACUAUCAAGGGGUUCUGCUCAUGGUUUACAUGUGUUGAGCUGCAGGAAACUCUCACCUGACAGCUAGCUUGAGAGAAUAUCAGGAGAAACUGUCCCUAGCAGUGAUGAGAGACUAUAUUACAUGCAUAGUCCACCUUUCCUACAAGGAAAAAUCAAGACAGUGCACAUCAUUUUCCACUCCCCAUUUUAUCCCAUCAACAACCCAGCUCAAUAUUGUUUUUCUGCCUGUAGUGAAUGUCAAGAUGGGGUCCCCUCCAUUCCAUGUUCCAAAGCCAUGGAGAAUCGAACCUUAUUUCAAUGCUGGCACCUGAGGCCGGCAGGUCAGUUGUAGUGAUGCAGAACAGUGGCACACAUGGGUGUUGCAACCUGUCCUGCACCCCCCUAAUGGGGGUACGACUGGGGGCACAACAGGAAUGGCUGAGGGUCUGCCACCACUGUCUGCCUGCAUCUGCUGCCUAAGGUGGUUGCCUCACUCUGCCUAAUGACAAGGCUCUCCCUUCCUGAGUUAAGUGACGCUGAGAGAUAGAGACUCAGUGGGGAUUUCAACUUGGGCCUCCCAAAUCUUACUCUGACACUUUAACCACUAUGCCACACUACACUCACUAACAGAUUUCUAGGCUGCUUCACCAGGAUUCUGUGCCCAGCUUUCCCGGGCGUCUCACAGACCCAGGAAACCUACACAGAGACAAUUCCCUGCAAGAGAUCAUACCUUCCGACAUUUCUGCGAUGGAAAUAGGGACGUCAAAUAAGGAUGCCCCAAGGAAAAGAGAGACAUUCUGGGAUCAAAUCAGAAACCGAGGCAGCUUCUGUAAAUCCGGGACUGUCUCUGAAAAAUAGGGACACUCAAGGGGCUGAGAGAUGCUUGUUGACUUAUCAAUGUGUUCUGGCAACAGAACUGGCACUUGUGCCAUACAUCUGAUAUGACAAAUGUGCGUAUUUGUCAUGCCAUUUACACAGAGAUAAUAUGGACAUGCCACACGUUUCUAACAUAGACCUCUAAAACAACUCCACAUGCCACCAUCCAGGACCAGGCCCAUUCUUCCAGACCCUGAAAAUGGAGACUUUCAGAUAUGUUCCUGUGACAGUUACAUUCGUAGUUCCUUCUUUUCUUGUCCAAAUACCGUUGUAUUUGUGUUUUUGUCUGCCCCUCUAACAUUGGUCGUAAGGUACCAUCAUCUACCAGUCAUGCUUCUUGCUUUGCAGGAGCCAGUGAACUAGCCUAGGAAUCGACGUUUGGAAUUACACAACCAGAAUCACGCAGGUUGGCAUCUGUGUGAGGAACAGGGGACAUUUGUGCAUGCAGCCUAGAUUUUUCCUUGCAUGGUGUCACACCUGAAAAUGAGUCUGUUUGAAUGCAGACACUUGUACAUUCUGCUUCAAAAAAAUAAGGGUUCCCCCCAAUGCUCUUCUGCGUUCCAUUCAGAUUUCUAUUCUCCAGUCACUGGAAAUGUGGUUUGGCUCCCAGCACAACCUCCAACAAGAUAUCCUUGCUUUGCGGCUUGGCUACAGGAGGAAAACUUUCAAGAGCUGUGACUCCAUCUCGUCUUCUGUUCAUGUGUGGAUUUAGCACAGCUACAGGGAUGGUACUUCUCUCCUGGCAGGAAGAGAGGUUGUGAAUGACUGUUGCUUGAUAGGUGACAUAGCAAAAAAAGGGAAUAAUGCAGAGUUGCCACUGGGGAUCACAGAUAAGCUAGAGGCCAGCUAGUGCUUCUCACUCAAAAAGUCUUUAAAAAAAAAAAAAAAAGUUGAACCUGUAGUUAAGCUAUAAAGGGAAAAUAUAAAAGAGGCAAAUUGCCAUGCGGUCCUCACAUGCUUUGACAUGUUUUUCAGCUGGAGAUCAGUACAACAUGAAGGGAAGGCAAGCCAGGCACUACAGCUGGGUAAAGAGAGGCAUCUGCAUUUUACUGGGGGUAGGGAGGCAAUAAGCCUCCAUUCUCUGUAAACUAGCUUGCUCGUAAGCCACAACCACACCAUAAAGUACUAUUAUGCCGUGUUUCCACUCAAGGAAUCCUGGGAACUGUAGUUUGUUAAUGCUGCUGAGAGUUAGGUUAGCAGUCCCCUAUUCCCCUCACAGAGGUGCAGUUCCAAAGCUCCCUGCGAGGAAGAAUGGUUUGUUAAACCACUCUGGGAAUUGUAGCUGUGUGAGGGGAAGAGGGGUCUCUGAAGAUCUCUCGGCUCCCUUCACAAACAACAGCUCCCAGAAUUCUUUGGAUGAAGCUGUUAAAGAGUGUUUUAAAUGUAUGGGUGAGGACACUAUCCUGUUGUCACUGUGGGAGCAACUUCUGGUCCAGCUAAAUUCUAUAGGUGACCCGGGGGGGGGGGGGUGCCAUCUUGCAUUUCGUCUCAGGCAGCAAAAUGCCCAGCUCUGGCAAACAGAGAGAAUGAAGGGAAGCUUGGCAUUCUGUUUCGCUGUGGUGGAAGCAAGUUGUGGCGAACGAGAAAGGAGGUCAUUGCUCCCUCUUUCCAGCGAGGCCGCUGACCGCUGCUUGCAGAGGAAGCUGAGGGCAGGCAGCGCAGGAAUUCGUGCCUCUCUUCCCCACAUGUGGGUGGGUGGGAGAAAUGGCCUGGCCCAAGAGAGAUGGUCUGCGAGCCCAAGCAGUUUGCUGCUCUCCCCGGAGCGAAAGACAGUCCCUGUGGUAGCACAGAAGGAAUUCCACUCCUGGCACCGGCGCUGGGUUGGUUUGCAGCUCACUGCCCAGAGGGUACAAGUACCACAGGCUGUGUGCUCAGCCCCACAGACCAAGGAAUUGCUGGUGCUCAGAACUUUGGAAUGAGGCUGCGGCUGUCUGUGGGGCUGUGAAGUGACAUAGCCCUUACUCACUGGCCUUCCUUUAGAGACGGGGCCUCUGACUCACAGAAGAGAGCCCCAUAUGCACAAAUUUCAUGUGUCAGGGAAAAGAGGAUGGAAAGAAAAGUUUUCAGAAAAAUCAGUGUGCAGUCCCGGCUAUGAUGGCUAUGUUCUGUCUCCAUCAUCGGAGGGAUUAUGGCUUUGAAUAUUAAUUGCUGGGAAGUGUGGUCUCACACUCAGGUCCUGCUUAUGGGGUCCCCAUAGGUCUCUGGUUGGCUACUGAGAGAACAGGAUUCUGGGUUUGAUCCAGCAGAGCGUUUCUUUUAUGUCCUUAUUACUGCAUGAAUCCUGGAUAUUGUUUGUUUGGGGGUGGUCUGGUCAAGCUGCUCUCAGUGGGGCCUCCUCCCUGAUUCUCCUCACACUCACACCCUCUGGUCUGUCUUUGCUCAUGUGACCCCCUGUGCUGGUCCCGUGGUGUCAGGUGAUGGUGUGGUUGCUCAAGAGCAAACAGGCAAGACUCCGACCUGUCUUUUCCAGGCUUUAUUCUUAGUGCAAACUAUUUACAGUGAAGAGCAUCGCAAGUUCAUGUCUGGCUCAAUCGCUAGCAGAAUCUGGGAGUGGUCGGUCUUUGUACCUCCCCCAGCAUAACAGUCACGUGACCCCCAACCUUCUUCUCCCCUCCCUGUGCCGAAACCUACUGAGCAGCGUGGGCGCUGGCAAAGGGGUACUUCCCUCCUCUCCUGUUUGCUCAGGCUCGGUGUUGAGGCUCUCCCUAGCAUCCCUGGUUGCUGCACCUCCUCUCCACUGGAGGUGGGUCUUUGCAAGAUUUUCGGAGGUUCCCUAUAACACAACUGCCCUUCCACCUCUCGCCUCUGACCUGAUGGCAGUUCCCUGACAUGUGGGUUACCCAAGAGGUGAGGUCCAAGCCCGGUCCGUGGUCAAAGGUGCAACGUGGAGGCAGUCCGUAGUAGCUGAAGCUGGGUGCAGGGCAGGGAGUCUGGUGAAGUCAGGAACAGGCUUGCAAGCAGGGAGCCAGGGCGGGUCAGGAGCUCAGGCAGGAAAGCAGGACAGGGUUCAGGCAGGAACUAGCAACCAACAAUGCUGCUCCCACAACUUGGGACUGGGGCUGGCCGGCUUUUAUCUGCCCCGAGGCAUGGAGCAGCCCCGAUCCUCUGGUGACUCGCCUCUCCUGGCCUGGAGUUGAGCACUCCUUCCUCCUGCAGGACCUUAGUUCCCUCUGCCUCUCUGCCCUGAGCCUCUGCAGCUCAGGAGAGGCUGGAGGGUUACCGGACCCAGAGGCAACCUCAGCUUCCUCUGACGGGGCUGAGAGUGGAGCACCUGCAGGCAGUGGGUCCUCCAUCACCUCAGGAGCCAGAGCAGACUCAGCUGAUGCCUGCACCUGAGGGUCCAGCACAGGUGAGGACCCUUCAGGCUCAUGCCCCAGCCCCGGCUCAGCUGGUUCUGGAGGCAGGGAAUCCUGUGCAGGCUGGGAUUCCUCAGCUUCAGCCUCCGAGUCCAAAUCCCAGGCCAUCACACACCCUCUGAGUUUGCACCAUCUCCCAGAGGAUGUGUCCAACAUGACUGGGGGGAUACCGCUGCUUCUCCGUGAACGUUUUGUUACUCAAAAGCAGCACCGCGCAGAGAACAUCACAGCACUCUAUUUUUAUUUAAUUUUUUAAAAACCCCAUUUAUUUGGUUUUUCAGAUUAAAAUAUUACAAUCACAUAUCCAACAUACAUUAUCUCCCAGUAUGUUUCCGAGCAAAAUUCAAAGUGUUGGUGCUGACCUUUAAAGCCCUAAAUGGCCUCAGCCCAGUAUACCUGAAGUAUACCUCCAUCGUUCAGCCCAGACACUGAGGUCCUCCUCCAAGGGCCUUCUGGCGGUUCCUUUACUGCGAGAAGCGAGGUUACAGGGAACCAGGCAGAGGGCCUUCUCGGUAGUGGCACCCGCCCUGUGGAACGCCCUCCCAUCAGAUGUCAAGGAAAUAAGCAACUAUCUGACUUUUAGAAGACAUCUGAAGGCAACCCUGUUUAGGGAAGUUUUUAAUGUUUGAUGUUUUAUCAUGUUUUUAAUAUUCUGUUGGGAGCCAUCGAGAGUGGCUGGGGAAACCCAGCCAGAUGGGCGGGGUAUAAAUAAAUUAUUAUUAUUAUUAUUAUUAUUAUUAUUAUUAUUACUACUACUACUACUACUACUACUACUACUACUGCAAACUGCUGUGGAAUUGGAGAGCACUGAAGUUAAGAUUGGAAAAAAUGAGAAACCGAGAAAAACAGAAAUUGACAGGGACUGACCAUGUUUCUUUUCCUGCAGGGACACAGGAGCCCGUGAGACAGAAGCCCAAGAAAGGGAAAAAGGAGAAAGCUCCCAAACCAACCAAGAAGCCUAAAGAGAGGCCUCCCAAGGGUCCUAAGAAGGAGAAGCCCCCCAAGCCCACCAAAAAGCCAAAGGAGAAGCGUCCAAAGGCAACCAAGAAACCUAAGGAGAAAUCUCCCAAAGCCACCAAGAAACCAUCAGGGGGGAAGAGAACAGAGAAGCCUUCUCCUCCUGUCCAACCAUAUGAGGAAGAGGAGAGGUACCACUUCCCAGAAAGGCCAUUGAGCCCACCACCAGCCAGGGAGGAAGAUGGCUACGGAGUGCCCGAUUCAUCCCGAUUUCACUCUCCCUAUGGGAGGGAAGAUGAGCAUUCACGAGUGAAUGAAGAAGGCGGGGAAUGUAAGUUCCUGUUUCUUUCUCCCAUUAGUCAUAUUGCAUGGGCAAGGGACCUUUCUUCUUCUUCAGGGAGGUCUUUUUUAUUGCAUUUCUUGAUCAUCCUUCUUCAGAAACUCUUGAUUAAAGCAAAUAAACCCUGAAAUUUUCCCAGAACAUGCUUCGGACAAUGACAUGUAAAGCCCAUUCCACUAUUCAUAGGCCCAGGGUUUCCAGGGCAGACAACAAAAGAAAGGUGCAAGGGACUUUUUUUUAGCCUGAGGCAGAGGCAGAGCAACCUGCUCUGGUACCCGGAGCGGUGCUCAUCCCAGAGGCAUGGCACGCUUCCUGCGAGGGGCGUGGCAUGCCUCCCGGGGGGUGUGUGCAAUGAGCAGCGCAUGGCCCGGGAGGUGCCGCCAAUCGGGGGUCUGCAUUUUGUCACACACCCCUUUGGAAUGGCACCCGGGGUGGCCACCCAACCACUCCCGCCUUGGAACACCCCUGGCUUGAGGUCAGCAGCAUUCCCUUUUGGGCAGCCUUUCCAGGACGCGACAGGGAUCUCUGUGGAGGGGAGCACCUGGUUUGUGCACACGCGCACACGCACACACACAGAGAGAUUGUGUGCACGGUACAGUGUGGUGUAGUGGUUAAGAGCGGUAGACUCGUAAUCUGGUGAACCGGGUUCGCUUCCCCGCUCCUCCACAUGCAGCUGCUGGGUGACCUUGGGCCAGUCACACUUCUCUGAAGUCUUUCAGCCUCACUCACCGCACAAAGUGUUUGUUGUGGGGGAGGAAGGGAAAUGAGAAUGUUAGCCGCUUUGAGACUCCUUCUGGUAGUGAUAAAGCGGGAUAUCAAAUCCAAACUCCUCCUCCUACAAUGGCCCUCCCUGCCCUCAACACACUACGCCAAUUCAUAAGUAUUGCAGUAUUUAUAGUCCAAAGUACGUGUUUCCCUAUAGAGGAGUAAUGAUGAUAUAUUUUGAGAUCUAUGGGGCAAGGGAUGGAGAGGAAGUGUAGCUAUUUGGUAGGUCCAUCUGGUAUGCAUGUGUAAUGCAUGCGCCAGUGAGGUCAUAGAAUGAAGAGGGAGGGAAGGGAGAAAAGCACAGGAUUCUAGGGAAGAGACAGUUUAUAAAAAAUGGGUUGUUGUCCGAGAGAGUGGGGAGGGAAGCCAAGGAAAAGGAACUGAGGAAGAAGAUGCUAAAGAGAUGCCCGAGGGACAAGGGGGGAAACUGGAGGAGGGGGAUGGCGUGCCAUAUGGAUUUUUGUAAUAUUCUAAAUUAUAUUUGUACCGGUUUAAUACUGUUAGAUAUUACGCUCCAAUGAGAGCCAGGCAGGUGGAUCUGCCAACCACUGCCAUUUAAAAUUCCCAUAAUGCCCUAGAGCAACACUACGCCAGGGGCAUUGUGGGAAGCUAAAAUGGUGGCAGCACCCAGACCCCAGCUAACUGGAGUGCCAUAAAAGGGUUAUUUUAAAUGGGACUGAAGAUAUAAGGCACCAGCAAACAAAAUAUGAACAUGGCUAACGAAACAGAUAAACUGUAAUUAUCAUAACUUUUUAUAACAGGGGCCCCUCUACAUGUUAAUACAGAAACUUAGUCUCCUCUUCGUAACUGUAGCUCUGGCCUGGGGGAAACAAAAAUAGGCAACAAACUGCAGACCCCAUAAUUCUUUGGGGCAAGCCAUUGCCACUAAACUGGUCUACAAUCAAUAAAAAAUGGGGAACUCAUUCUCCCCCCCCCCCCAAUGUAUUUGAACACUAACUUCCAUCUUCCAUGACCAUUGGCCAUGCUUGCUGGGGUUGGUGGGAGUUCGAAUCAAACUGCAUCUUGAGGCCUACCUGCUCCUCCCUGCCCUGCCCCAGUAUUAUAGAACUGAAGUAUCAUAGCUGUCAACGUUUCCCUUUUUUAAAGGAAAAUUCCCUUAUUCUGAAUAGGAUUCCUCGCAAGAAAAGGGAAAAGUUGACAGCUAUGUGAAGCAUAAAUAUGUCAGGCACUGAAUGCUAUUGAAUUCAUGACAGGCAGCUGACACCCUUGUAGCGCAAAGAGCAACACAUUUAAGGGGAGUUGGUGAUUAUUUACUCGCUGUUAUAAUUUGUUAAUUGGCCAGUUUUGGUUUUAGUCUAUAGGAUAGAGGGGUGUUGUUCAUAUUUAUUAGACUUGGGAGCAGUUGCCAAGCAGCUGGGAAACUGUUACACUGAAUCAGACCAUUGGUCCAUGUAGCUCAGUGUCCUACACUGACUGGCUCUCCAGGGUUUUAGGCAGAAGCUUUUUCCAGUCUUACAUGGAGAUGCUGUGGAUUGGACCUGGGACCUUCUGCAUGCAAAGCAGAUGCUCUUAACACUGAGCUAUGGCAUCUCCCCUUCCAUAGAUCAGAUCAGUGCAUAUGUUUUUACAGGGAGCAUGGCCAAGUGAUGCUUUUCCUCUUCCCUUUCAGAUGACGUCAUGUUUACUGGUCUGCCAGGGAAUCUGCUAACCGUCACAGAUUAUCUUCACUCUCUCUGAAAACUUUGUGCUACCCCUCUCCCUUUCCCUCUCCCCUGUAUAGCUUCAUAAGCAAGUCCAACUUAAAUCACACUGACUCUAUUUCUCCACCCCUCCCUAAGGGUCUUCACCAUCGUUUUGGGCUCCUAAACUAAUACACUGCUGCUCCCACUCCAGCCUUGGUCUGUCAGGUAGUGACGGGGGGCUUCUGCUUGUCCCGUGUCUAGAAAACAGUUUUCCGCUUGACUCUCACUGUCUAGGCAUGGGUCUGAGUGGUUUUCCCUUUUGCUGCUUUCCCAGAGUAAUCCCUCUCUUUAGUCUUAAAUUGGAGCAAUUGUCAAUCUAGAGGAAAACUGAAUUGCUGGGUGGAUAAGCCCUGGCUUUCUGCAUGCACUGAGGACUACGAAUUUUUCUCCUAGGAACUGAAUGCCCUUGGAGGAGUCGUGGGCAUCCACAGCCAUAUUUACUUUGGCCCUAAGACUUUUGCCUGGAACUACGGACUGAAACAAAAUAUGUCUGUCUGUCUGUCUGUCUGUCUGUCUGUUUUGUUCAGUCAGUUUUUCUGCCUUCCCUUCUUCCCAGUUGUUGUGUCUUUGCUUCCUUAUAAUCUCUGACCUAGCUCUUUUAUUUCAUUUUAUUCUGCAGCUCUUUUCCCAGAUGAACCAACGGAACCACGGUGGGAUGAGAAACAGGAUCCAAGCAGGCAUCACAGUAAGAGCAAGUCAGCAUGCGGGACAUGGGGAGAGAGGGUGCUUGUGGGACUAUGGGGCAGAGGAACGUCUAAGCUGGGGAAGGAGGAGAGCUGAUCACGGGAGCACAUGGGCACAGAUCAGGAAUGAACAAGGGUAAGUCCACUGGGGAGGAGAGGCAUUGGACCAGGGUUUACCAUCAGUGGGACAAGGAAGCUUUAAUGUAUAAGCACCUCAUAGAUCGACUAGGGAAUCCUUUAAAAAAAGGAUUAGACAAAAUCAUGGAGAACAAGGUGACUGCUUUUCCUCCGCUGCCAAAGACAUUGCGUCUCUAAAUACCUGUUGCUAGGAAUCGCAGGUGAGCAGCAUGCUGUUGUGCUCAUGCCCAGCUUUCAGGCUUCCCUUAGGCACCUGACUGGCCACUGUGAAAACAGGAUGCUGGAAUAGAUGGGCCAAUGGUCUGAUCCAGCUGGCUUCUCCUAUAUUCCUAUGUUCUUAAUGUAGAAGCCGAAUGUGAGCAGCUUAGUUCUAUCCAUACAGAGCAGGAACAGAACUCUUUGAGGGCCUGACUAUUGUCCUUGUUAAUUUUACUCAUUUGAUUUCUUCCAGCUGACUUAUAUGAACCCCCAACUGACCCACAAGAGCCUGGAAGAGAUCAUUGGAGCCACGAGAGCCGGCCAGGUGAGUCAAUGCCCAAUGUCCAGGGUGGGUUGUUUGCCCAGAUCUGCUAGCCUUAAAUGGCAGCACAGCCUAGGUGGCUCCUAAUGUUGGCCAGCCCUUUCCUACUCUAAAUUUUCCGACCAGUGGGAAAGCAACCACUGUGUGCUAGCAUCUGAGGACCAAGCCGGCAUGCUGCUAGCUUUAAAAGAUUUUAAAAUAAUUCUGUGCCCAGUCCAGCAGCACACACUAAAUUCACUGUAACUCAAUACAAGAAGCAGAAAUUCAUUUUACUGUUCUGUGGCUGCCAACACUGAGCCAUAAGCAGGCAUGGAGGGAGAGCCAAGAGUCACGAGCCAGGGCUGACUUUUAUUGUCAGGCCAUGUUCCAGCUUCUCCUUGAAGCUUUGUAGCAAGGCUGAGGAGAGCCUAUGGCCACACCUCCCACCAUCCUUGACCCUUGACCAUGCUGGCUGGGGCUGAUGGGAGUUGGAGAUGAACAACAUCUAGAGGACCACAAUCCUUCCAAGUCAGAAGCAACCAAGGGCCAGCCUCUUCCCAGAGCCUAGGAACCUUCAACUGACAUGGGGAUGCUCCAGCCAGUGGCGGAGCAAGCUGACCGGGUGCCUGGGGUGGCGCACGUGCCCUGCGCCUAGGGGUGGGCAGGGCGAGCUGGGACAGGAUGCUCCACUGGGCUUCUGAGGAGUCUGUCUCCCUCCUCCCACUCAGCCGCCCUACAACUGAGGGGGAGGUGGCGGGCAGACCGUUUGGGGCAGCGUGGAGCCUGCAGGUGCCCAAGCCACUGUGUCACUCCCAGGUGAGUGCCGCCCGCCAUUUUGUCACCCCCUUCAGUGGUGACACUCAGGAUGAACCGCCCCCACCACCCCCUCUUCCUCCGCCCCUGGCUCCGGCCUUGAAAAAUAGAAUUGGAAGAGAGAUGGGAGAAGAGUCUGCUCUGUCUUUUUCAUGAAAAUCCUUGGGAUGUUUGAAGAGAGCUACCUUGCUCCCCCCCCCCCCGACUUAGUCUGCUCUUCUCCAGGCUAAACAUGCCCAUCUCUUCCAGACAUCCCUCAGACUUGGGUUCCUGUAAUCCAUGACUCACUGGCAUGCAGAACUGCAGGUUCCUGGUGGCUCCCAAGAGUAGCUUGCUCACCAUAAGAAGCACAGGCAUAAAUCUGGGAUUCUUAGAAGGGGAUCACCGUCUUUCUUGGGCUGCAACAUUACAGGGCUGUUUUGGCUCUUGAGUAUAGCUGUGAAGUGACUCAGACUCAUUUAAUCAAAGCAGCCUGAAAUAUACUUGGGGUCGAGUGUGGAUUUCAUGCUCUUUAUUCAGCUCAUAGUAGUGAGGAGAAAUGGAAGUUCCCCCAAAAUGUCUGCUUUAUAUACAUUAUUUACACAAUGGGCCCCACGUGAUUGGCUAAUUCCAGGAUUCUGCUGUAGGCCAAUCAGGUUACAGAUUCACUUCCACCUGGAGUUGGGUGGCUCCUGCGGACCAAUCAGACUGCUGCAUUUUGGAUCCUAUUGUUCUAGGACCAAUCAGACUGCUGCAUACUGAAUCCUAUUGUUUUGGACCAAUCAGACUGCUGCAAUUUGGAUCCUAUUCAACUCAGUACAUAACACAGCCCUUUCUCUUAAAAGCCCUUAUGUCCUAGAGAGGUCCUAGACCCAUGAAGUGACUGUGCUUCUUCUCUUUAUCUAGAGACCCCUGGAAAGGUCGAGCCGCCCACGCUGGAUUACAACGAGCAGAUUGAGCGGGAAGACUACGAGGACUGUACGGUGCUGUUGCUGCUGACUUGCCCUACUUGCCUUUAGUAACCGUUCCUUUCCUUAGGGGGUGGGGCAUCCUGUUGUUGUGGGUGGAUAAGCAGUGAGAGGGAUGCGGGUGGUGCUGUGGUCUAAACCACUGAGCCUCUUGGCCUUGCCGAUCAGAAGGUCGGCGGUUCGAAUCCCCGCGAUGGGGUGAGCUCCUGUUGCUCUGUCCCAGCUCCUGCCAACCUAGCAAUUCGAAAGCAUGCCAGUGCAAGGAGAUAAAUAGGUACCGCUACAGUGGGAAGAUAAACAGCAUUUCCAUGUGCUCUGGUUUCCGUCAUGGUGUUCCAUUGCUCCAGAAGCGGUUUUGUCAUGCUAGCCACAUGACCCGGAAAGCUGUCUGUGGACAAACACUGGCUCCCUCGGCCUGAAAGUGAGCUGAGCGCUUCAACCCCAUAGUCACCUUUGACUGGACUUAACUGUCCAGGGGUCCUUUAUCUUUUUUACCUUUUUAAGCAGUGAGGAACCAUAAUUCCAGGACAGCCAAUUCUUUGUUUCCCCAUUUCUAUGGCUGUGACAUGGUCUGAUCCUGCGUUUUCUGCUUGUCAUUUGAGGCGGGGAAUUUCCUCUCUGCAAAACUCAGGGAGGAAUGCCAAUAAUAACACCUUGAACUUGCCCUGGUAGCAAAUGGAGAACCAAUGCAAGUCUCUGAGCAAAGGUUCUCACUCCUGUCAACAGCUGUGCUACAGAAUUCUGUACUAACCACGGAUUUGGGAUCGAGCACAAAGGGAGGCUCUCAUACAGUGCAUUGCAGUAAUCCAAUCUUGAAACCACUAGUUCUUGAACUCCUUUGGUCAUUUGCACCGACAGAGCUUCAUUUAUUGUGCUUUCACAGCCUGCAACACACACACCUGGGUUCAGGUGCCCAACACAUGGCCCAUUUCCUUCUCUCCGUCUGCACUUCAGAAGAGGAAGACUGGCUAGACAUUUAGUCUGCAUGACCACAUUUCCACUGUCAGAAGAAAAGGAAGUUUUGCAUUCUUUUCUUUUUAACCGAAAGGCUUUUCCCAUGCAGAUUUCGUGCUUCUAGUUUGGCUCUUAAGCUUGGAAAUGUUCCCUGGAGAUAGAACCUUCUCCCUGGAUGCCCAAUGAGAUUAUAAUUUCCUUAAAUGUUGGAUUGGGAAAGGGGCAGAUGGGAAACCAAAAAACGUGGACAGGGUGGGGGGGAGUGGAAUGGCAUGUCUAGAAUCCUCUACAAAAGCACUUUCACAGGGCAAUAUUUUGUUGCAGCCCUCCCCUUUGUUUAAUGAUUUAUUAGUGCUGCUGGAUUGCCUUGAUAAGCUGUUAGCUUUGUGGAGAAAUUCACAGGACACAGCUCAGCAGCCCAGACAGCUCUGCACCGCCCCCCCCUCCAAAAAAAAUCCCCAACCCAUUUCCCCCUUGCACGUGCUCUGGUUCUUUUUGGCCCAUGUGAGUGGAAAAUGCCCAGUGCUUUCUGCAUAAUGUUUGACAGAUGGGAGGGAUUUUGCCAAAGCAAACAGAGCUGCCCUGCAUUAGGACCGCCAACCGGAAAAGUGUCCUGCUUGGCUGGGUGGUCAUUUCUCGCGUUCAGCUAUUAUAAGAGGGUCGUGCAGUUGAGACUUUAUGUUCUCUCACCUCUAAUCAUCACCGUUAUUAUUUUUGCUGCGCAUUUCUCUACCACCCGAGAACGGUCUGGGCAAAACUAGAGGCAGUUCCCAGUAUUGCUAUAGGAAGUGGGAAAAAGUGGCAACUGUAUUCCAAGAGCCAAACUGUGUGGGUUGUGCUGGUACCCAGCAUGGACACACUGUGAUGCGUCAGAACAGCAUUCCCCAACGAGGAGCCCUCAAUAUAUUUUGGACAAAGUACCCAAAACAUCUGGAGGACACCAGAUUAAUUCUGGUUGCAUCAGAUAUUUUGCUGCCUCUAAAGAGUUUCCUCCUCUCCACUUACUGGUCCUGUGUCUUUCUUCCCAGUGCCAUUCCCUGUGUUUCCGAAGCCUGAAUUGGUGCAGAUUCUGCUUCCCCUGCUCUAAUUAUUGCUGCUUUUUCUUCUAUGGCCUUGUUUCCAAGCACAAUUCAAAGUGUUGGUGCUGACCUUUUAAACCCUAAAUGGCCUCGGUCCAGUAUACCUGAAGGAGCAUCUCCACCCCCAUCGUUCUACCCGGACACUGAGGUCCAGCGCCGAGGGCCUUCUGGAGGUUCCCUCACUGCGAGAAGCCAAGUUACAGGGAACCAGGCAGAGGGCCUUCUCGGUAGUGGCCCCUGCCCUGUGGAACGCCCUCCCACCAGAUGUCAAAGAGAACAACAACUACCAGACUUUUAGACAACAUCUGAAGGAAUCCCUGUUUAGGGAAGCUUUUAAUGUUUGAGGCAUUAGUGUAUUUUAAUAUUGUGUUGGAAGCCGCCCAGAGUGGGUGGGGAAACCUUCAAAGUUAGCCCUACAUAGAGCGCAUUGCAGUAGUCCAAGCGGGAGAUAACCAGAGCAUGCACUACUCUGUGAGCUCCUGAUUUAUUCCUUUGCAAGCGGAGCUUGUGGGCAGCGCUGAUCAGCUGUAUGAGGGUGUCCACAUUAUUACAUGUUGGAAAACCCUGAAGUCACACUUACGUUGACCGUCUUUAUGGCAUCAGCUUCCAUAGAAGCUGCAUCAGAUAGAGCAAUUCCACCUCUCCCACUCCUGCUUGAUGUCUCAUCUUCCUAUAGGACAGGGAUGGGGAACCCGCAUCCCUCCAGAUGUUGCUGGACUACAACUCCCAUCAUCCCUGACCAUGGCUGGGCUCGUGGUAAAUAGGCAGCCCAUGGGUUGCUCAUCCCUGUGCAGUGAGACCCCCCUACCCUGCUGGCUACUCUGAGAGGCCCUCUUCUAAGACAAAGCACCAUCGGGGUGACGUGGAGGGAGAGGAAGCACCCCCAUCUCUCUGUCAGCAACGCAGGACUCUUCCCGAGUGACAAAACCCUCUUCCUUCUCCCCUGCAGUUGAAUACGUCCGACGUCAGCACAAACCCAGCAAACCACCUAAGAAAAAGAAACCUGAGCGACCGAGGUUGGAGACGGAGGAGGAGAAGCCAAGUAUGCAGUUCGUUUCCUUUGGCUUGCUUCUGUUUUGCCAGGAUGUUGGAAAAUAGAGGGAGAUUAGGAGGUUGGGGGCAGGGAAUGAAGGAGGCAGGGUAAGGAGGGAAAGAAAUGGAAAGCGUUCCAAGAGAAUAAAGGCAGCAGAUGAAACAAUCUGAAGCCUCAGACUGGGGAAUCCCUUUCUCUUUCUUGUAUGUGCUGGAGGUCUGCCUCCUGUCAGACCUCUGACCUGCCAGAUUUGGUGCUUAGGAACUCAUUUCUUCCCAGUCUUUAGUGAGACAAACUUCUAUGGGAUCAUCAGGGAUAGCUCAUUAGCCUUCAUUAGUUCAGAAGUAAUGCUCAGCCAAACCGGUGGCUUAGGGCAUAUCCUCACUUACCUUUCCUCUGUGUCGUAGUUCCAUACGCAGAAAAGAAACCAUUUAGUCUGUUGAAAUGAGUCUGGAACUUCAAACCAAUGACACUUGGUUGAGCAAACUAUGGCUUAGUCUUAUGCACGAACACAGCCAACGGGACUGCAAAGAAGUCAGAUCUGAACAGGUGGCACGUGAUUUGCCCUCCUGGCGGUACAUCGUGGCUUCUUGUUUUCCCUUGUUUUGCCUUUUGGUGUGAUUUAAAUCAGUUUUUUUAGUGAAAGCAUAAAUCACUGAGCAUGGGAAAGAAGACUCAGACUAUUUCAGUAAGUCCUAAUCAGGCAACAUAACGUUAUUUUGCCUGGAGAAACUAGUCUUCUGACAGAAUUUUGCAACAUAAUGAGCACCUGCUGUGGUGCUCUACAGGUAACGGCAUAUUGAGAUCUGAUUUUGAUUUAGACCAGUACGAUAGGGACAUUUGCUUCGGGGGUGGCUAGCUCAGAUGUGCUGCUGCUUGAGAGAGUCUCCUGAGAGUCAAGAAUGUUGAGGGUCUGUUUAAGUCCAGAGAAAUAGAUAGAGUUUUAAUUGAGCCUACUUUACUCCAAAGGGAACUUUCUAUAACUUUUGUACCACAUAUCUUCCCCUUAAACUCUGCUUCCCCUGUUUUAGUGGACCUUAGUUUACAAAGCUUUAGAACACGGUUCAUAAACCUGGUGUGGUCUUUUAUUUUUACACCCUCGCUGCCAAUGCAGAUCCUUCCAAUCUGUUGCAAGGCAGGGCUGGCCCUGGGCUCUGAUGGCGCCAAAAUAUUUUCCAUACUCCAGGUCAGAUUACAGCUCCUUUCAUCCCCAGCCAGGGUGAUGGGAGUUGUAAUGCAACAGCAUCUAGGGAAUUUAAGAUUGAAGAAAUCUGGUAAAGGUGCUGCUACAGAAAAGGCCCUGCCUCUUGUGCCCACUUAUCGACCAUACAUUUGUAUGAAUCCGAAUAUUAAAUUUUAGGAGCCAUUAGCAUCAAGUAUGGGGCAUCAGCCGUAAAUGUGGGGAUUGCCGAUGAGCUUCCCUGCCCUCAUCCCUAGGACCUUUGAGCAAUUGUGCUAUGAUAAGGAUACGAGAGUUUUACUGGCAUAUCUAUUUUGCUCAGUAGAGAAGCCUGAGGAGCCGCCCACCCCCCCUUUCAGGAGUCAUUACGAAGAUGGGCUAGAACUGCCAGAUUAUGGAGAUGGUAAGUAUUAAAACGGGACGCGGAUGGUGCUGUGGGUUAAACCACAGAGCCUAGGACUUGCUGAUCAGAAGGUCGGCAGUUCGAAUCCCCGCGACGGGGUGAGCUCCUGUUGCUUGGUCCCUGCUCCUGCCAACCUAGCCGUUCGAAAGCACGUCAAAGUGCAAGUAGAUAAAUAGGUACCACUCCGGCGGGAAGGUAAACGGCGUUUCCGUGUGCUGCUCUGGUUCGCCAGAAGCGGCUUAGUCAUGCUGGCCACAUGACCCGGAAGCUGUACGCCCGCUCCCUCGGCCAAUAAAGCGAGAUGAGCACCGCAACCCCAGAGUCGGUCAGGACUGGACCUAACGGUCAGGGGUCCCUUUACCUUUAAGUAUUAAAACAGUUGUGAAGGCUGGUGCCUCUGGGGAGAAACCUGCAUUGGGAGCUGUGCUCCCACCUCACUAAUUCUUAUUCCCCUUCCCCAUAGUGGAUUAUGGUCUUCCACCCCAGAAACCCAAACAAUUCCCCAGCAAAAAAGAGGAGGAAGAUGAGAUGGAGACGGAUGAAGAGAAACUCAAACCAAGUAAGGAGACAGCAGACAGAGGGGACGAUUGAGACUGGGUAUGAAACUAUUUUUGUAGCCCAGGGGCCACAUUCCCUUCAUGUAUAACGUUCCAAGGGCACUUUGCCAGUGGCGGAAAGGCAAAAAUGGAUGGAGUAACAAACAGACAUUUCAUCUUUGUGCAGUUGGCUGGCUUCUACAUGCGCUCCUCCCUGUCCCACAUCUAGUCUCCCAUCAUCUAGUCUCCCAUCAGAGUUCAAGGACACAUUCCAGCAGGGCAAAAACACUCGGGGGGGUUGUGGUUCCUGGGGUUUUCUGAAGGCUAGCUAGAGAAAUCUGAAGGGGCACAUUUGGCCCCUGGGCUCAAGGUUCCCCACUCUCAAUUUAAUAGGAGAGGGUUGAUUGUUUGCUUGAUUUGCAUGCUUUCCCCCAAGGUAUAGCAGAUCUCAUGUUGGGCAGCUCUGAUUCUUCCUACCAGACUGCCCCGUGUAAUCAAACGCUGAGCCAUCUGAGCUUCUGCCUCCCCAUUGAGCAUAAGCCACUAUUUCUGCACUUCUGUAGGAACACACAUUUGCCACUAAGCCCACCUGACAGCUCGUUCCCACCAGCGUGCUUGCACUGCGCUGUCCAUAAUAACAUCAAGAGGUUUGUCCUGAUGACGAUAACUCUGCUUCUCUUUGCUGUGCUUCAGAGAAGCCGAAAAAGGGUGCCGGCAGCAGCAAGGAAGAGGAGGAGGAUGGGGAUGCAGAGGAAUGGACAGAGGAGAAAAGCAAAGAACGGAAAGGUGGGUAAUCCCGAAGGAGGAGAUCUGCACCAAUACAGGGAAGUAGGGAAAGGAUGCUGCUAGCAGAGGGACUCAGGAGCAGUGGCGGUUUCACCAGCGCUAUACCACUGAGUGAAACUGACAUCACAGUCUUCUCCUCAUACUGGUUCUGGGUGAUAUAUCAAUAUAUAGGAGCGUCUCCACGCCCAUUGUUCUACCCGGACACUGAGGUCCAGCGCUGAGGGCCUUCUGGUGGUUCCCUCACUGCGAGAAGCCAGGUUACAGGGAACCAGGCAGAGGGCCUUCUCAGUAGUGGCACCCACCCUGUGGAAUGCCAGUGUGGUGUAGUGGUUAAGAGCGGUAGUCUCGUAAUCUGGGGAACCGGGUUCGUGUCUCCGCUCCGCCACAUGCAGCUGCUGGGUGACCUUGGGCUAGUCACACUUAUCUGAAGUCUCUCAGCCCCACUCACCUCACAGAGUGUUUGUUGUGGGGGAGGAAGGGAAAGGAGAAUGUUAGCCGCUUUGAGACUCCUCAAAGGGAGUGAAAGGCGGGAUAUCAGAUCCAAAACUCUUCUUCUUCUUCCCACCAGAUGUCAAAGAGAACAACAACUACCAGACUUUUAGAAGACAUCUGAAGGCAGCCCUGUUUAGGGAAGCUUUUAAUGGUUGAUGCAUUACUGUGUUUUAAUAUUUUGUUGGAAGCCGCCCAGAGUGGCUGGGGAAGCCCAGCCACAUGGGCAGGGUAUAAAUUAUUAUUAUUAUUAUUAUUAUUAUUAUUAUUAUUAUUCCGCCCAGGCCUGUCAGUGAGUUACCAACACAUUGACAUUGGUGACUAAAGUUCAGUGGACAACACAUUCUAAUCAAGGGUAUUUUAAAGUCCUUUAUUUGUUGACGUGAGUGAUCUAAUACAGUGGUUCCCAAACUCCCCUCCCUCCGUAUUGCUGUUGUUGACAUCCAUCCGCCUCAGGAGUCGAUGGAGAAGUGCACCUUUGGAGGUGAAGCCAAACUGUUGGAGAAUUACAGUGCCUGCUGUGGCUGUAGAACCGAUAUGGGAGAGACAUGUUUUGUUGCAGCUGGGGCAGAUGAAGGCUUGUGCUGCUGCAAUUGCCCUGUGGCGUUUCUUUUCUCUGUGCUCCUUCCACUAAUCAUUCCUGCUCUAGUCACUGCUAUGGAUGCACAACCUGACUGUCUCCAGACACUUCAAGGGAUUUCCAUAUGGCAGGGUUGAUGUUGCCAGCCUUUCUCUCCUGCUGCUGAGAAUCAUGGUGGAUCACUUAAUGUUUUUUCCCCUGCAGGUUGUAACAAUUGGAAUGUGCCAUAUGAUUUUUUAAUUUCAUUACAUUUGAUUCUUUUAUUUCUUACAUAUUGUAUUUUAUUGCGCUACGGUUUGAAUUCCAUAGAAUUCCUCAGUCAGUAUUCAAAUUGCAAUGCAAAGCAAUGCAAAGCAAUCUGUAAGAAUUUGAGAACAGUUUCAUUAAAUAGCCACCAUGGUGUGUAAAAUUUAUCUAUUUUUUUCCUGUUCCUUAUAAGUUUUGAGAGAUUUUCUCAGCGAUGGCCAUUGCCAAACAUUUUUGUGCCAUGCGUAGUUUUCUAAAUUUUCUUCGUAUUCCCUGCCCCCGUAUGCUUUUUUUCCUAUCCCCAGACAUUUCCUCCCUAAACUUUGACCCCUGUUUCUUCUCCAUGUGCAGGGAAGCCAAAGAAAACAGGAGGGAAAAAAUGGGAGACAGAUGAGGACGAGUGGACUCCAGAAGAGAAAAUAAGUAAGUGGGAUUUUUAAAAAGGUUAAAAUGCAUUGGUUGGGCUGACCAGCUGAGGAAUAUUUGCUCAGGCAGUUAUCCUUGAUCUGAUAAUGCCUAUAAGUGUGUAGGUAAGAGUAAUAUUAAGGGACGCGGGUGGCGCUGUGGGUUAAACCACAGAGCCUAGGACUUGCCGAUCAGAAGGUCGGCGGUUCGAAUCCCCGUGACGGGGUGAGCUCCCGUUGCUCGGUCCCAGCCCCUGCCCACCUAGCAGUUCGAAAGCACGUCAAAGUGCAAGAAGAUAAAUAGGUACCGCUCCGUCAGGAAGGUAAACGGCGUUUCCAUGGGCUGCUCUGGUUCGCCAGAAGCAGCUUAGUCAUGCUGGCCACAUGACCCGGAAGCUGUCUGCGGACAAACGCCGGCUCCCUUGGCCUAUAGAGCGAGAUGAGCGCGCAACCCCCAAGUCAGACAUGACUGGACCUAACGGUCAGGGGUCCCUUUACCUUUAAGAGUAAUAUUGAAUCAUAGUGAACUGCUUUUGUGGAAUUUUGGAGCAUGCAGUGUUCAUUGCUCAAUAUAUGGUCACCUGAUGACUCUCUCUUGAAUACAUAACCUGCCCACCCUCGUUUGCAUUUGUGGUGGCAGGUGAAAGCAAUAUUUAGCCUGGAGAAGAGAAGACUGGGGUGGAGGAACAUGAUAGCACCUGAAGGUCACAUGAGAGGAUGGCAAAUACAGUGGUACCUCGGGUUACACACGCUUCAGGUUACAUACGUUUCAGGUUACAGACUCCGCUAACCCAGAAAUAGUACCUCAGGUUAAGAACUUUGCUUCAGGAUGAGAACAGAAAUUGUGCUCCGGUGGUGCUGCGGCAGCAGGAGGCCCCAUUAGCUAAAGUGGUCUUCAGGUUAAGUACAGUUUCAGGUUAAGAACGGACUUCCGGAACGAAUUAAGUACUUAACCCGAGGUACCACUGUACCAUGAACUGGCAUGAAAGCUGUCUGUGGUGGCGAUGGUGAUGAUAGCUAGAUUUAUUACCUGCCUUACAGCAGAGGAUCCCAGGGUGGGUUGCCGCAAUAUACAAUCCUUACCUAAAAAGAUAAAGAAAACAAAAGACUGAGUUAAGCACUUGAAAAAUCCAUUGAAACCAGACAUUAUAAGUUCAUCUUAAGUUGGGUAGUUCAUAAGUCUCUGUGGCUUUACACAAGGUUUUGUAUUUUUCUCAGAAGAUUGAUAAAGACUGUAUAAUUAUUUUGGUAAUUAUUGUAUGUAUAUUAGUCGCCAACGCGUUGCAUGAGUUGUACUACUGCAAUAUACAAUACAGCAUUAAAAACAGUUCAGAACAAAUCACAAAUACAACCAGAAUGGGUCCUAAAAUUUAGAUAUCUCAAGAUAUCUCAAGUAUCAAAGGCUUGUGUCUUCAGCCUAUGAUGAAAGCUGUGCAGUGAUGCACCGUUGCGGUGAGGGAAUUUCACAACUUUGGGCUACCACAGAGAAUGCCCACUCCUGGGUCACCAACACUCUGAGUCUCUGAGGAUGAUUGCACUACCAAGAAGGCCCCCUCUUCUGAUCUUAAUAUCUGAGUGGGACACUGGGGAAGGGGGUUGUUAAGUUGUGGGCGAACAUAUCAGACAACACAGCGAUUCUUCCAAAGCAGCUCUUUAUUUGUAAGCUGGAACAGAACUGAACUGAGGAGCUCAGUCAGCCUGCUUAUAUAGAGCUCCACUAGAAUGCAACAGUAACCAUUUUCUGUAACUAGCCAAUCACUGAACGUCACUUUCGAUCCUUUAUUUGCAUAACUAUCUACAGUAUCCCCAUGCUGGCCCAGGGUGAGAACUUCAGUACAUAACAGGGGUGGUCUUUAAGUUGAUUGGUUUAGGGCUUUAAACACUAUUGUGGGCACCUUAAAUUAAGCCUUAAAACGAACUGGCAGCCAGAGUAGUACAUCGUGAUCAUUUUGUUGCUUCUUGCUGCAAUCAUCAAGUGACAGAUCUCUAUAUCUGUGGGGAUGCAUGAACGGGAUAUUGGUUUGUUUGUUUUUGGAUUUGUCCUUGUUGUUAUGCAUUUUGUGCUUUUAUCAUGCAUUUUCAUGCUGAGAACCACCCUGAGAUCUACGGAUGUAGGGUGGAAUACAAAUUUAAUAAUAAUAAUAAGUGAACUGCCCUGCCCGUUCUGCUUUACAGAAUGCCCUCCUAUUGGGAUGGAAUCCCAUCGAAUUGAGGACGAUCAGAUUUUAUCUUCCUCCAUGCUGCGUCAUGGCUUAGCAGCCCAUCGUGGUCGCCUUAACAUGCAGGUAAUGGCAUUGUUCCAGGUGUGGCCAUGAUCCUGUUCUCUCUCUCUCUCUCUCUCUCUCUCUCUCUCUCUCUCUCUCAAUUUUAAUUAGUUUUUUAACAUAUCAUUUUCAACAGUAAUUAAACAUACUUUUACAUCUUAUUCAAUUUUUUUACUUCCAUCAGUCCUGUCUGAAAAUUUUCCAAUCUAAUCUCUUAGUAUGCAUUUCUUAUUUUCCCUAUUACAUUUCAAACUCAUAACCAAUAUCUCUAUCUUUUUCUACUUUGUAACACUUUGUAUAUUUCUCCUUACAAAACUUCUUGUAAUCCUACUAGCGCAAUUUGUUAAUUACAGUUGCUCUUCAAAUAAUUCAUAUACUUCUUCCAAUCUUCUGUAAAUCUCUAGUCCCGCAGGUUUCGAAUCCUUCUUGUCAUUUUGUCCAAUUCUGCAUAGUCCAUUAAUUUCGUCUGCCAUUCUUUUUUCGCCGGAAUUUCUUCUUGCUUCCAUUUCUGGGCUAACAAUACUCUUGCCGCUGUUGUUGCAUAUAAGAACAGUUUGACAUCUUGUCUAUUAAUGUCUUGGCCUAUAAUACCAAGUAAAAGUGCUUCUGGUGGCCACGAUCCUGUUCUUGAAUGGUUGAAUGUGAAAUGAUGAUUCACAAGCACUAUUAUUGUUUUGUUGUUGUUUUAUUUAUCAUUAUAAACUCAACAAUGACGCCGUUCAAUGACCUCAACUCGGCGUCGUGCAACAAGGGUGGGGAACCUGAGGACCAUGUUCCAUUCUGGAUAACCUUCUAAGGGCCACAUGUCAGUGGUUGGGUGGGGCCAGAGGCCAAUUUUGGCAGAGCAGCAAAUGAAAAUUGUUUCCUCUGUACCGUAGGCUGGCUUUUACACAUAUUUGAACGCAUCCCUCUAUCCUCCAUCCAGCCAAGUGGUAUUAUCAGAUGGGGGUGGCGCUGUGGUCCAAACCACUGAGACUCUUGGGCUUGCUGAUCAGAAGGUUGGCAGUUCAAAUCCCUGCGACGGUGUGAGCUCCCUUUGCUCUGUUCCUGCUCCUGCCAACCCAGCAGUUCGAAAGCAAACCAGUUCAAGUAGAUAAGUAGGUAAUGCUGCAGCAAGAAGGUAAACAGCGUUUCUGGCUUCCGUCACAAUGUUCAGUUGUGCCGGAAAUGGUUUAGUCUUGCUGGCCACAUGACAUAGGAAGCUGUCUGUGGACAAACACCGGCUCCCUCAGCUUGAAAGCAAGAUGAGCGCCGCAACCCCAUAGUCGCCUUUGACUGGACUUAACUGUCCAGGGGCCCUUUACCUUUUACCUAUUAUCAAGAGUUCAAGGACACCUUCCAGCUAGGUAAAAACAUUUGCUGUGCAAAUACAGGGCAAGUGAGGUUUUUUGACCUGGGGAGAGUUUCAAGAGCUAGACAGAGAGGCUGGAGGGCCCCAGGUCUGACCCCAUAACUGCAUCUUUACAGUAUAAUAAGGAAAGAUAGAUAGAUGUAUUUAAAACAUUUGCACCCCGCCUUUCUGCUACCAACCCAGCAAAGUGGCUCACAAAAUGGGAAUAAGGUCAUUAGCAAUAUUGCUUCCUCUUCCUCUUCUCCUUUCUGCCUCCCUUUGCAGGCAGGGUCUAACGAGGAUGAUUUUUUUGACGGCGCUUGGUGUGCAGAAGACGACAGCCGCGUACAGUGGAUUCAGGUGGACACCAGAAGAACCACCAAGUUCACAGGAGUCAUAACCCAGGGCCGUGAUUCUCUCAUCCAGUACGUACGGGUAGGGAAGGGGGAGAAUUUCGAUUCAGAUUAAAGGCGAACCAGCCGAAUUUGCACAUUCCUAAAUUGCAUGCGAACUGAAAUGCUGCCAGCCUUUGAAAGCCGCACUUCUCCAAAUGUUGUAGUGCGGUUCUCCGGCCAAGUGUGCAUAAAAUGCAGGCAUUGGUGAAAACUGCAUUCGGAAAUGCACUUUGUUGGGGGAAAUAUACUUUUGCAAAAGUGGGGAUGUUCAGCAAAAUUCCAUUAAAAUAUGUAUUUUAGAAUAAAUUCUUACCCAAAUGCUGCUGAAUUCUCAUGAGAACAUUUUAAAAAGAACCGUAACCGAGUGAUGUGGAAAUAUGGGGAACUGAACUUAAGAUAGGCAGCAUGAGAAACAGAGGCCACACACCUACUUGUUGUUGUUGUUUAGUCGUUUAGUCGUGUCCGACUCUUUGUGACCCCAUGGACCAGAGCACGCCAGGCACUCCUGUCUUCCACUGCCUCCCGCAGUUUGGUCAGACUCAUGUUUGUAGCUUCGAGAACACCAUCCAACCAUCUCGUCCUCUGUCAUCCCCUUCUCCUGGUGCCCCCCAUCUUUCCCAACAUCAGGGUCUUUUCCAGGGAGUCUUCUCUUCUCAUGAGGUGACCAAAGUAUUGGAGCCUCAGCUUCACGAUCUGUCCUUCCAGUGAGCACUCAGGGCUGAUUUCCUUUAGAAUGGAUGCGUUUGAUCUUCUUGCAGUCCAUGGGACUCUCAAGAGUCUCCUCCAGCACCACAAUUCAAAAGCAUCAAUUCUUUGGCGAUCAGCCUUCUUUAUGGUCCAGCUCUCACUUCCAUACAUCACUACUGGGAAAACCAUAGCUUUAACUAUACAGACCUUUGUUGGCAAGGUGAUGAAUCCUGGGAAUUGUAGUUUACCCCCCGAGCAACAGUUUCCAGCACCCUUCACAAACUACAGUUUCCAGGAUUCUUUAGAUUCCAUGUGCUUUAGAUGCAUGCUGUAGGUGUCAGAUGAGGAAAACCCAUCCCUAUGUGUUGGGCAGACCAAAGGAUCAGCAUCCAGCUUUUUUUAACCACAUAUUUUUUUUUAGGGUUGAGGGUCCUAGUGCAAAUCAAUAGGUACAAAUGGAAGAAGGGAAGACUGUGUUUAUUCUGCACUAGGAUCCCCACCCCUCAAAAAAAUCUGUGGUUGAAAAACUGGAUGCUGAGAGUUACGCAUUAUGAAGCAGUCAUUUUGCAUAGUUUAGCAGACUUCUUACUUUCUUACCCACGUGCUUCCUUCAUUAGGAUAAGAAUUGUGCUUUUUUUAGCCCCCUGCGUGAUUAUAAAAAUAAGGAAUGGUCAAAUAGAACAAGAUAGGGAGUUAUACCAGCGACUGACUGAUAGAGAGAGGAGAUUGUUAAUAUCAGGAUUGGAAAAUUGUGAAGUAAUAGAGAAGAUAGCAAAAUGAUAAAGGAUGGAUAUUGGGCUUUUGAAAUCCAGAACACAGGAAGUCCCAUUGAAAUUAAUUAAUUUGGACGAUAUAAUUGGCUAUAUAUAUAUAUAUAUAUAUAUAUAUAUAUAUAUAAAAUGUGGAAAGAUUUGGUUAGAUUUGUUACGAAUAUGAAUGUUUUUUUAAUUGGAAAAUGAAUAAAAAUUUUUUGCAAAAACAAAAGGAUAAGAAUUGUGCUUUUAAAAAAAUCUUUAAAAAACCUUUAAAAAAGGAAAUUUGAAUGCUGAACCUAGAAGGCCGCUUAGCUACCACUUUCCUUCAUUUUUUGUCCUUUUUCUUCAACAGCGAUGACUUUGUCACCACCUUCCACGUGGGCUUCAGCAAUGACAGCAUGAACUGGCUCAUAUACAGCAACGGAUACGAGGAAAUGGUACUUGGCCCGUUGGAAAAAUCCCCUCAGUGCUUUAACAGCAUUUUGUCUGUUGAGACUUCCCUCUGGGGUAUUGUGAGCGGCCCAUAA